CGCGGUCUCGCGUUUCUAGGCGACGCUGAGGCUCCCCGAGUUGCGUCCUUGCCUUGCGCUCGCGCUCGUUCCCAGGGUUCCGGGCCCGGUUUGCUCGGCGGCGGCCGCGCGUGCGCUGCCCAGCCCGGUCCCCGCCCCCAGGCGCGCGAGAUCCCGGGGCAACACAGCCAUGUGCUCGUUAGCGUCGGGCUCUGCGGGCGGCCGGCGCGCUGUGGAGGACGAGGACGACCUGCCAGAGCUGUCCGACAGCGGUGACGAGGCCGCCUGGGAGGACGAGGACGAUGCUGAGCUCCCCCACGACAAGCAGCAGACCCCCUGCCUGUUCUGUGACAGGUUAUUUACAUCUGCUGAAGAAACGUUUUCACACUGUAAGUCUGAGCAUCAAUUUAAUAUUGAUAACAUGGUCCAUAAACAUGGACUUGAAUUUUAUGGAUACAUUAAACUAAUAAAUUUUAUUAGACUUAAGAAUCCUACAGUUGAGUAUAUGAAUUCCAUAUACAACCCAGUGCCUUGGGAAAAAGAAGAGUAUUUGAAGCCAGUAUUAGAAGAUGACCUAUUACUUCAAUUUGAUGUGGAAGAUCUUUAUGAACCAGUGUCAGUGCCAUUCUCAUACCCCAAUGGACUCAGUGAAAACACAUCCGUUGUUGAGAAGUUGAAACAUAUGGAAGCCAGGGCACUGUCUGCUGAAGCUGCAUUAGCUAGAGCGCGUGAGGAUCUGCAAAGAAUGAAACAAUUUGCUCAGGAUUUUGUGAUGAACGCAGAUGUCAGAACCUGCUCGUCAUCUGCCAUUGCAGACCUCCAGGAAGAUGAGGAUGGUGUUUAUUUCAGCUCAUACGGGCAUUAUGGGAUACAUGAAGAAAUGCUGAAGGACAAAGUACGAACAGAAAGUUACCGAGAUUUUAUAUACCAAAAUCCACAUAUCUUCAAAGACAAGGUAGUUCUGGAUGUUGGUUGUGGAACUGGAAUUCUCUCUAUGUUUGCAGCUAAAGCUGGGGCAAAGAAGGUUCUUGGAGUUGAUCAGUCUGAAAUACUUUACCAGGCAAUGGAUAUCAUAAGACUAAAUAAACUUGAAGAUACUAUUAUACUAAUUAAAGGAAAGAUUGAAGAAGUUUGCCUUCCUGUAGAAAAAGUAGAUGUUAUUAUAUCUGAGUGGAUGGGCUAUUUUCUUCUUUUUGAGUCUAUGUUAGAUUCUGUCCUUUAUGCGAAGAACAAAUACUUGGCAAAAGGAGGAUCGGUCUACCCUGAUAUUUGCACUAUCAGCCUUGUGGCAGUAAGUGAUAUGAAUAAGCAUGCUGAUAGAAUUGCUUUUUGGGAUAAUGUUUAUGGCUUCAACAUGUCCUGUAUGAAGAAAGCAGUUAUUCCAGAAGCUGUUGUGGAAGUUUUAGAUCCGAAGACUCUUAUUUCAGAUGCUUGUAGUAUUAAGCAAAUAGAUUGCCAUACAACAUCUGUCUCAGCUUUGGAAUUUUCUUCGAAUUUUACCCUGCAAAUUACAAAGACAUCCAUGUGCACGGCAAUUGCUGGCUACUUUGAUAUAUAUUUUGAGAAGGAUUGUCACAGCAGGGUCGUGUUCUCCACGGGCCCCCAGAGUGCCAGAACACACUGGAAACAAACAAUAUUUCUAUUGGAAAAGCCAUUUUCAGUUAAAGCAGGUGAAGCCUUGAAAGGAAAGAUCACAGUCCACAAGAAUAAGAAAGAUCCACGUUCUCUCAUUGUGACCCUCACAUUGAAUAAUUCAACUCAAACUUAUGGUCUCCAGUGAAAAGACUACAAAAGCACAACUAACUUGGCUCUGGACCCAAAACUAACUGCCAACAGUAGAAGAGACAGUUGGGGAAAUUGCUUUGUAUCAGCAUUUUUCAACAUGCCUUGAGGCUCCCAAUGCCUGCCUUGCUUGGUUCUCACCCUAGCAUGUGGUGUUCCUGUUGUAUUAAUGCACGAGGCCCCAUGGGAAGGUAUGUAAAGUCCCUGCCCAGCUAUCAGAUGAGGCCAUGUUGCCUUGGAGGCUCAUAUAUUUUUAAUGAUUUUGUGUUUGUUUCCUUACUAUAAAGUAAAGGUAAAUUUUUCCAAGCAGAAUGAUGAAUAAGCGAAGUACUUUUAAAGUGUCUUAGCAAUUGAUUUGUCCUUCCCAAUAAAGUUUUGGGUGCAAAAAAAAAAAAAAAGCCUACCAAAGAAACAGUUUUCAUAUAGUGCCUUAACAUCUUGGCUAAUGUGGAACAGUUAGCAUGCAUUUAGCUCUAGAGCAUACCUAAAUACAUACAAAAAUAGUCUAUCAUUGAGUUCAUUGUAAUUUUUUAAAAUUAAGAUAACAAUAGCUUAAAUAGUAAAGGAAGAUGAAGCCCCAGCCUCCCUUGUUCUGCAUCCCAGUCUCAUAUCCCUGUGCAGUUCUGUAUGUCUCCUCUUUUCUCUCUGAAAUCCCUUGCCCUCCUGAGGACAUUGCUUCCCCCAAAGGCCUCUUAAAUAGUGAUUGUCCUCUCCCACACCACUUACCUCCCUACACUUGGAUGUGCAGUAAGUGACUUCCUGGCUUUUGGUUGUCAGUUAUAGACCAUUUUCUCCAAAAUCCUUCCUACCCCCUCCCAUCUUUGUCUUUUGUCAUCAAGACUGCAACACAAACCAUCUUACCUAUCAACUCUCCACCUCCAGAUUAAUCUCCAUUCCUUGAAAGUUUUAACUGCCACCACUGCCCUACACUGCUCCUGCUUCAUCAGUGAGUGUAAGAUUUCAUGUGAAUGAUCCUUUUAUACGCUGACCUUUUGUCUCAUUGACCUCAUCCAGUGAUCUUGCCUAUAACCUUAACUCAGCCCCUCCUAUGGUCAUCCUGUAGAACUGGUCAAACAAGAACUCAAACUCCUGUAUAAAUCUCAACAUUAAGUAUCAUUCUAACUACCUCUUUUCAGCACACUCUCUUUUGUAAUCCAAUUCCAGCAAUCCUUCAACUCCACCAAGACCAAAAUCCAUUCAUUCAUACCACAUGUCUUCCAUCCUUCACCUCUUCAUUUUUACACCUCUCUCUUGGAUCGGCUUAAAAUCCAUAGGCCAUCAUUAUAAACACCCCCUUUCAUAUAGCUGCAUCUUCUUCGCCUCUCCUUCACUUUUCUGUACUCUUGACUAAACCACAGUUCUGCUUCUAACCCAAACACAUGACUGCACAUAUGCAGCUCAGUGAGGCUGGAGGUAAACACUCAACCAUACUGAUGGUCUAGUCUUAAAUUUAUGACUCCUAAUCUCAGGUGUCCAAUAGUCAUUUCCCUGGUCUGUUUAUCUCACAGACUCCUCAGUGACUAUUUUAUACCUUCUCUCUGCCAACAUUUUAUACCUUCUCUCUGCCAACCUCCAGAACAUCCUUCUCAUUCUUUCAGCUGAAGUCCUUGUUUCCUGUUUUACUGAGAAAAUAGGACAAAUCUGAGAACUUCCACAGGUUUCCAUACCACAUGCCCCAGUCGAUCUUUAUGCCUGUGCAUUGCCUCCCCACUAAGUGAACUUCCGUUGCUUCUAGCUAAGCCAGCUUCUCUCCCUGUGUCCCACAUCUCCUUCUCUGAGUAGUUCAAAGUUAAUUGCUUCAGCAUGUUUCCCCUGUAUCAUCAGAUUUUCCCUCCACCUCUCUCCAGUUAACAUACAAAUAGGCUAUUAUUUCACCUAUGAUAUAUUUUUUUUUAAGUAGACUCCAUGCUGGACAUGGAGCCCAACACAGGGCUUGAUCAUGACCCUGAGAUCAAGACCUGAGCUGAAUUCAAGAGUGGGACGCUUAACCAACUGAGCCACCCAGGUGCUCCUAUGAUGAAAAAAAAAUUAACUCCACUUUUCCCUCUGCUAUUGCCACAUUUCUAGUUUUCCUUUUACAUUGAGACCACUCAAAGAGUUUUCCAUGUUCAUGGUCUGUGCUGCUUCUCUUCCCAUUUUUUGAACAACUGUAUUAAGGUAUAAUUUAUAUAAAAUAAAAUGCACAUGUUAAGUGUACAGUAUGACUUGGCAAAUGUAUGCAUAUACUCAACACCCCUGUUACUAUUUAGAACACUUCUUUCACACCAAAAAGUUCUCUUGUGCUACUAUGCAGUCAACAUGUAUCCCCACUCCCUUUUCCAGGCAAACACUAUCCUGAUUUCCAUCAAGAUAAAUUUGUUUUGCCUGUUUCAGAACUUCAUGUAAGUGGGGUCAUAUAGUAUGUACUCUUUCAUUUCCACCUUCUUUUAGCACAGUGUUUUUUGAGAUUCAUCAUGGUUAUGUGUGUCAACACAUAGAACACAACACACAUUCAUCUUGGCUUUCCCCACUCUCUUCCUUCCUCCUUGACCACUCUUCAGUUGCCUUUGUUGGCUUUUCCUCGCUCUUCAACCUUUACAUGUUGGCACCUUAGUCCUGAGAUCUCUUUUCUGCCCAUCUUCCCUCCCUUGGUGAUUUCAUCCAGUCUUACUGUUUUAAAUACCUAGAUGUUGAUGAUUCCUCAGCGUGUGUCUCCAGCCAUCUAUCUCCCACUGCAGACUAUAUCCAGCCGCCUACAUGACAUGUCUACUUAGCUGUCUCCUGGGCAUCUGAAACUUAACAUGUUUCAAAACUAUGUCUGAUCUUUCCCAAACCCUGCUCCUGCUAUCUUUCUCUACGUCACUUAAUGGAAUUUCUUUUAUUAGCUCAGGCCAGAAACCUUAAGGUCAUCCUUGACCUUUAUCCUCAACUCCACAUCCAAGCUGGCCAACAAAUUUUACUGGAUCUACCUUUAAAAUAUAUCCAGAACCAAAAUAGUUCUAACUACUUCCAUCACUGCUAUCCUGGUCCAAACCAGCAUCAUCUUUCACCUCAAUCGUUAGUUCUCAAAAUGUAGCCAGCAGACCCCUGGUGACUCCAAAAUAAAACUUGCAGAAAGUCCAGGAGAUCAAAACUAUUCUUGCAAUAAUACUGAUACAUUGUUUGCCUUUUUCACUGUAUUGGCAUUUAUACUAAUGAUGCAAAAGCUAUUGUAGGUAAAAGUGCUGGCCCUUUAGCACACAAAUCAAGGCACCAAACUAUUACUAAAGUAAUCAUUUUAUUCUUCACUACCACAUACUCUCUUUAAAAUGUCCUUGGUGACAUGGUAAAUAUUAAUUUUAUUAGAUCUUUACCCUUGAAUACAUGUCUUUUAAUAUUCUGUGUGAUACUAAUAAAACACUUUUGCUGCAUGCUGAAAUACAAUAUUUGUCUCCAGGGAAAGCACUUGUGCAAUUGAUUUGUGACCUAAACUAGCCACUUUUUUCAUAAAAUAUUAUUUUUACUUGAAAGAAUGACUGAGAAACUAUGGCAGGCAUUGUCCUGCAAAAGAAAAAAAAAAAACAACUGACCUUAGCACUUCAAAUAAAACAACUGGUAGAAUUUGUUGCUAGUGAUAAAAUACUAGUUUUCAAGCUAAAAUUGCAAUUUUUGAAAACCUGUAUCUAUGAGCUUGAGGGCUUCCCAAUCCUUAAAGACUUAAAGAUUAGUGGCGUAGGGGAAGAAAAACAACUUUUUGCUCUACUCUUAAGUUCUCAACUAUGACCUCUGUAACAAAAGACAGACUAACAAGAGAAAAGCAUACAAAUUUAUUUAACACCGAUAUGUAUCAUUGCACUUCGCUUUAUCGUGCUUUGCAGAUUUUUUGCAAAUGGAAGGUUUGUGAAGGCAACCACUAUUAGUGCCAUUUUUUCUAACAGCAUUUGCUCACUUCUUGUCUGUGUAAUUUCGGUAAUUCCCACAAUAUUUCAGACUUUUUCAUUGUUACUAUAUUUGUUAUAAUGAUCUGUGGUCCGUGAUCUUUGAUGUUACUGUUGUAAUUGUUUUGGGGCACCACAAACUGCACCCAUAUGAGACAGUGAACUUAAAUUGAUAAAUGUUCUGAUUGUUCUGACUGCUCUAUGGACUAGUCAUUCCCAUCUCUCUCCCUCUCCUUGGGCCUCCGCUAUUCCCUGAAAACAACAAUAUUGAAAUGAGGCAAAUUAAUAACCCUACAGUAGCCUCUAAGUGUUGAAAUGAAAGGAAAAGUCACAUGUCUCUCACUUUAAAUCAAAAGCUAGAAAUGUUUAAGCUUAGUGAGGAAGGUCUGUCAAAGGCAGAGACAGGCGGAAAGCUAGGCCUCUUGCACCAGUUAGCCAAGUUGUGAAUGCAAAGGAAAAGUUCUUGAAGGAAAUUAAAAGUGCCACUCCCGUGUACACACAAACUGUAAGAAAGUGAAACAGCCUUAUUGCUGAUAGGAAGUUUUUAGUGGUCUGGAUAGAAGCUUCAACCAGCUACAACUUUGCCUUUAGCCAAAGCCUAAUGCAGAGGAAGGCCCUAACUCUUCAGUUCUGUGAAGGCUGAGAGAGGUGAGGAAGCUGCAGAAGAAAAGCCUGAAGCCAGCAGAAGUUGGUUCAUGAGGUUUAAGGAAAGAAAGUCUCCAUAACAGAAAAGUGCAAGUGAGUGCUGUUGUAGAAGCUGCAGCAAGUUAUCCAGGGGGUCUAGCUAAAAUAAUAAGGUGGCUGCACGAAACAUUUUCAGUGCAGACAAACAGGCUUCUACUGGAAGAAGGUGCCAUCUAGGACUUUCAUAGCCAGAGAGAAGUCGGUGCCAGGCUUCAAAGUUUCAGAGGAUAGGUUGACUCUCUUAUUAGGGGCUAAUGCAGCUAGUGACUUUCAGUUAAAGCUAAGGUUCUUUUACCAUUCCGAAAAUCCUAGGUGCCCGAAGAAUUAUGCUAAAUCUACUCUGCCUGUGCUCUAUAAAUGGAACAACACACCCUAGAUGACAAGACAUCUGUUUACAACAUGGUUUACUGCAUAUUUUAAGCCCACUGUUGAGAUG